GCGGCGCGGCAGGGCCCCUCCCCCCUGCAGCCUGGCGCGCGCCGGCCGGGCCGCACCGCUGCGGGCUCCGCGCGCGCGGGCCAUGUCCGCCUUCUGCCUGGGCUUGGCCGGCCGCGCUUCAGCACCCGCCGAGCCGGACAGCGCCUGCUGCAUGGAGCUGCCCGCCGCGGCCGCGGACGCAGUCGGGAGUCCAGCCGCCGCCGCCCUCAUCUCCUUCCCGGGGGGCCCCGGGGAGCUGGAACUGGCGUUAGAGGAGGAGCUGGCGCUGCUGGCGGCCGGCGAAAGGCCGUCCGACCCCGGGGAGCAUUCUCAGGCCGAGGUCGGGCCUCCGGCCGAGGGGUCCGGACUGCAGCCGCCACCCGCCCAGGAUCCCGAGCUGCUGUCGGUAAUCCGGCAAAAGGAGAAGGAUCUGGUGUUGGCUGCCCGGCUGGGCAAGGCGUUGCUCGAGAGGAACCAGGACAUGAGCCGGCAGUACGAGCAGAUGCACAAGGAGCUGACAGACAAGCUGGAGCACUUAGAACAAGAGAAACACGAACUGCGAAGACGAUUUGAGAACCGAGAAGGGGAAUGGGAAGGGCGUGUGUCAGAGCUGGAGAGUGACGUGAAACAGCUUCAGGAUGAGUUGGAGAGGCAGCAGGUUCAUCUGCGGGAAGCAGAUCGAGAAAAAACACGGGCCGUCCAGGAAUUAUCAGAACAGAACCAGAGGUUAUUGGAUCAACUCAGCAGGGCAUCAGAAGUUGAGAGACAACUCUCCAUGCAAGUCCAUGCCCUCAGAGAAGACUUCCGGGAGAAAAACUCCUCCACCAACCAGCACAUCAUCAGGCUUGAAAGCCUUCAGGCUGAGCAGGUUCUUGAAAUCAAGAUGCUGUCGGAUCGGAAACGGGAGCUGGAGCAUCGUCUCAGUGCCACCUUAGAGGAGAAUGACCUGCUCCAGGGGACUGUGGAGGAGCUACAGGACCGGGUGCUGAUUCUGGAGAGGCAAGGCCAUGACAAAGACCUACAGGCACCCACCAACUUGGUGAGUCUGGCUCUGCUGAAACCAAAUACAUCGCUACCCACAAGUCAUCCUUCCAAUUUGUUCAAGCCACUGGCCCCUGGAGCAGUUUCAUUGCAUCAGAGCCAGCUGGAGCUCCAGGAGGCGCGACUCUCCUACCGACAGCUGCAGGUGAAGGUGGACGAGCUCACGGAGGAGAGGAGCCUGCAGAGCUCCGCGGCCACCAGCACGUCCCUUCUGUCCGAGAUAGAACAGAGCAUGGAGGCCGAGGAGCUGGAGCAAGAGAGGGAGCAGCUGAGACUGCAGCUCUGGGAGGCCUACUGCCAAGUUCGCUAUCUCUGCUCACACCUCCGAGGGAACGACAGUGCUGACUCGGCCGUCUCCACGGACUCCUCGAUGGACGAGUCUUCAGAGACUUCAUCUGCCAAGGAUGUGCCGGCCGGCAGCUUGCGCACAGCCCUGAGCGAGCUCAAGAGGCUGAUACAGAGCAUUGUGGACGGCAUGGAGCCCACGAGCUCCCGGAGAAUUGACGAUGACUCCUUAGAAGAACAGAUAAGGCAGACCAGUGAGGACUCAAGAGCCCUAAGGGAACUCAUGGAGGGAGAGAGGGGUAAACUGAGGCAAAGCCUAGAGGAGCUGCAGCAACUCCACAGUCAGGUGACGCUGCUGAGUGUGGAGAUGACUGCACUGAAGGAGGAGAGAGACCGACUCAGAGUGACAUCUGAGGACAAGGAGCCAAAGGAGCAGCUUCAGAAGGCCAUCCGGGACCGCGACGAGGCCAUUGCAAAGAAGAAUGCUGUGGAGCUGGAACUCGCCAAGUGCAAGAUGGACAUGAUGUCUCUGAACAGCCAGUUGCUGGAUGCCAUUCAGCAGAAACUGAACCUCUCGCAGCAGCUUGAGGCUUGGCAGGACGACAUGCACAGGGUCAUUGACCGGCAGCUGAUGGACACGCACCUGAAGGAACGGAGCCGGCCUGCUGCUGCCCUCCCCAGGGCCCACGGCGCGGGGCGUGGGGACGAGCCCAGCACCGCCGAAGGCAAGCGGCUCUUCUCAUUCUUCAGGAAAAUUUAGGAGGAGUCAGGCCAGCAGGGAUGGGUACAGAGGGGACUGAGCGUGCGAGGCCCCAGCACACCAUGCUUGCACACGAGGGCUCCCCUGGGCCAGCUCAGCGGCCGCACUGCCCACCCACACUGGGGCCCAGUCAUCCAGAAGAGCUCAUGCGGUCUCUGACGGCUGCCCUCAACAGAGGGACAGGCAGGAGCCCUGUCCCUAUUGCCAGGCCACGCCCGGCCUAGGCUGCCCCCGGAUCCUGCUGCCCCCGGAGCGGCCCCUCGGGCUCUGCCACGCAGACGCAGCAGAUCAUGGCCCACCCCGCCCACCCCUCCGGGGCUCCCCCGUCCCACCCCAGGCACUGCCGCCCUCCUAUUUUGGAAUACGGGGAUCAGAAGGAAUGGCCAUCUCUGCGUGCCUCUGGAAGCCGUCACGGCCCCCGGCUGGCCUGCGCUGUGGGGACGGGGGUUACUAGUCCUCUGGGACAGCAGGUCCAAGGCUGAGCCUCCUCUGGCCCAGAGAGGAAGGGGGAGGCGGCUCCUCACCCACGUGCAUGCACCUCUGCCUGGAGCACCUCUGCGGCAGGAGGCCGGGCCCGCGGGGCCUGACCAGCCGGGGCUGUGCUCUUGCAUUCAGCCACCGCUGGGCUCUCCGGGGGCUUGACUGUCGCCAUCCCAAGGUCAGGAGGAAGAAGGGCCCUGCCCUACCCCCUUCCACUCUCUGCCGCCACUGUCCUCCCUCCCUGGCCUCAGGGCCGCCUCUGCGGGUGUCAGCCCUCCAGUCCUUCCCCCCUCACGGCCGGAGCUGGGACGGGGGUCUGCUCCUCCUCCCACGGCCCCCGACUCCCCUCACACAUACAAGUUCUUGGCUUGGCCAAGCGAGUCCAGGCCACAGAAUGGCCCCCGAGGGGUCUGCGGUCAGCCACCUCCAGCUCGAGGGCAGCGCUGGCACCACAGAGCUGAUGCCACCAGAUACUGCCCCCCAGGCCUGCGGAAGGCUGAAUCCUGCAACCUGCUGCUUCUGCUCCUUCCUCAGCGGCCACCCCACGCGCUCUGCUGAGGCCCUCCCUCCAAGGCCCCGGGGCUGAGCCAGCGCGCACGCUGCUUGACCAAGGAUCAUCUCCCUCCCUCGGGAAAAGCACAGCAGGGAUGAGCGGCAAGAAUGUACCUAUAGAUGUGUACAUACCACAGCGCUGUAAUUUUGUAUGUAGCAAUCCUGUAAAUACGCGUACGGAUUUUAUAAUAUACAUAUUCUAUAUAAAUCUAUAAAGGCAUAUUUUUAGAAAAACAGCGCACCACUGCUUCUUUUGAAAAUAGUCAAAGAAUAAAAUGAAUUUCUACAGAGCUUCCUGCCUCAAUCAUUGG